AUGAAGCGUAUUAUCUCGCCCUCGGAGUGGAUGUACACUCAGAAUCUUUGCCGAAUAAUUACUUGGUUGACUUCUGAGGGUCAGAAGUCUAACAUUGUGGCUUCUGAGCUCGUCUCAAGUACGAAUGAUUGGCUCCAGGGCGUCCAAAACGCCAAUACAUCCGCAGCAGAGUAUGCGGAAUUUUUGGAUACGUCGGAAGAAUGGGUUGAGGUUGUUUGGGCCAAUUUCUUCGGGUCUGGCGAAUCUUAUCGCGAAUUUAUCGCCCUCGUAAACGGCGUAAUUCCCGCUCUAGGUCAUCCCACACAGUCAGCACACUUCUUGCCUCUGUUUGCCUCUUUAACGAUUAUCACUACGAUAGUAUUUGCUCUCCGGAUAUAUUCUCGACUCAAGGUUGGGGGGUAUAUUCGGGCUUAUGACUGGAUUAUUCUCGCUGGAUUUAUAAUAACUCUGGCGACUGGAAUUAUGAGAGCUUACAUUUUGACUGGUCCUGUUCACUAUAGAGGCGUCUGGGAUCAAUCAUGGGAUGAUUACAACGCUCUUGAAUCCUCGAGCUUGGCCAACAACAUAUGCUAUCCCAUCGUCGUAUUCCUCGUUAAAACUUCUCUCCUAUUGUUCUACUACCAAUUGACAGCUUGGAAACCACUGAGAUGGGCUACUAUCAUCACCUUUGCUGUUGUAACAUGCAAUUCAUUGGCCCUUCUUUUUGGGUACACAUUCAGGUGCAUCCCAGUCCUUGGAUGGAGAGGACUAAACUUUCUCAACGCCUACUGUCCUGUCAAAGUCUGGAAGCUAGAGCUCGGAACAUCGAUAGUUAAUAUCGUUACUGAUGUUGUGAUUUGGUUGAUCCCUCUUCCCAUGAUAUUCAAGAUCAUUCAUACCCCAACGGAAAGGUUUCUUGCGGUGCUUACAUUUGGUAUUGGUGCUUUGGCAUGUAUUUGCUGUGGUAUGAGAUUGAGUGUUAUGCAUAACGCUUGGUUUAGUAAAGAGAUUGGGAAACCUAUGGAUAGCAGCAUUGUUGCAACGUGGACGCAAACGGAGUUGUAUAUGGCGAUAAUCUGCAGUUCUGUUCCUGCUAUUAGAGCUUUGAUUAUUAAGAAGGCGCCGAGGAUUCUUGGGUUUACGGAGGGUAAUGUUGAUUCUAUGGAGAAGUCACAGGAAGGACGGACGGCAGGGAAGGAUGGUGAAGCCUCUGUGGAUGUCCGAAGUGUUGAACCUGUAUCUCCAGUUUAA